AUGUCCUCGAGACCUCCAACAAGCUCUGCACCAUCCGGCCAAAGGGACGUCUACUACCCCACUCGUCUGGCAUCAGGCUAUGGCAUGAUGGCAGAGACCCAUCGUCCGCAAUCUGCUGCUCAUACACUACCGCCACCGUCCACAAUGCAAGCAGCCUCUCGCCAUCUUCCACCUCCAUCUCAUCUAGAACCUUCAUUCGUACCCCAGUCGCCUCAGGUACGGCCUCAGUAUUCAGAUCUCCCAACCCGGCAUUAUCCAGUGUAUGAGCGGCAGUCACCACUUGGACAGCCACCGGCCCAGGAGUUUAGACCGGGUUGGCAAACUUCGGCACCACCGGGGCUCUCAGGGCACGUGUCAAGUUUCCCACAUCCACCUCUCUACCCGUCCAAGGCCUCAUACCAAUCUACUAAUCCAGGGACUGUGUACGAGGCUCUAUCGCCUGUUCGCUACGGAACGGAUGAGCCUCCGCCAGAGGCUUCACUGUUCAAUGAAGGAGCAUACUCUACAAACACCUUUCCAGCGGGCCACUCAUCGCACCAGAGCCCAGCGAGUUCCUACCGUAGCUCUAUCACUUCUUCCAGCGGACACGGUACUGGACCAAUGCACUUCCCCAAACCUGCUUCAGUGUUUGUUGAGACCUCGAGCAGGCCAGGAGACAUGACCGAUCGCUACAUUCUUACACUGCGCCAACAGCCCAUCGCCGCGCGUGCGUGUGGUUUUGGAGAACGCGACCGCCGCGUCAUUGACCCUCCGCCCAUUGUCCAGCUGUCUCUCAAGGAUUUCAAUCCCAAAUCGUCCGCAGACAUUGCCGAGCUUCGCUGGCCAUUUAACAUAGUGCACUGCGCUCUUCUCUCCGUUCCGCCUCAACCCUCAACAUAUUCGCCGACCUCGGAUGUGACCGCCGUCCCCGACCCAAACCAAUCGAACAGGGUGAGCCGUCGCCUCAUGGGUACUCUGGUGGCUUCACCUUUCGUUGGCAACGACCCUGAGGCUCCCCAGUCGAGCGAAGACAAUGCCAACCUUGGUUGCUUCUUUGUUUUCCCGGAUCUUUCCUGCCGCCAGAACGGGCAUUAUCGGCUCCGCUUCACGCUGAUGAAAGUCAGCAUGCCCAACUCAACCGAGGAUGGCCAAGGCAGCAUCGCUGGAAGCAUAGACAGCGACAUCUUCGAGGUGUUUAGCGCAAAGGACUUCCCGGGAAUGCGAGCAAGCACCGCUUUAACCAAGGAGCUCAAGCGACAAGGUGCGACGGUGAGUGUGAAGAAAGGUAAGGGUCAACGAAAACGUGGGGGUAGCGGAAGCGACAAAAGCAGCAGUGAUGAAAGUGAUGGGGCUUCAAACUCAAAGGCUCCAAAAUCCCGGCAGAAGAAGAAACGGGCUUAA